UCUAAGCCUGACCUUCUGUGAUCACGUGUCAGCCGCUGCGAUCCGCUGAAAAGUUUGACACGACAGAACCAGCCUGCGCGGAGCUUCGAGGCCAAAAGGGAGCGGAUAAGUUUUAUUACUGUGCGUUUCUUCUCGGACAGAAUAUGGAAUCCGUUGCUCAGAAAGUGCUCUCAUCAGGAUUUACGCUUGACUUUGGACCCCUAAAGGAGCCUUUAGCGUUUAUCCGGGUGCUAGAAUGGCUGUUUUCCAUUUUCGCCUUUGCUACAACUGGAGGUUACAGCGGCUCCACCAGCUUCAACAUCCAGUGCAAACAAAGCAAGUUGGAGGAAAUACACGCUGAAUUCAACUACCCAUUCAGAUUGAUGCAGCAUCCCUACAAGGUUCCUAACUGUACUACCAACGAAUCGACAAGCAUUGAGUUCUACCUGACUGGGGAUCAUUCGUCUUCCGCGCAGUUUUACGUCUGUAUCGGGGUACUGGCUUUCCUCUACAGCACCGCGUCAUUAAUCCUCUAUCUGGGCUAUCAGCACCUGUACAGAGAAUCCUCUCGUGGUCCCAUCAUGGAUCUGUUGGUGACUGCAGCCUUGGCCUUCUUGUGGCUGGUAUCUUCCUCUGCCUGGGCCAAAGGCUUGACUGAUGUCAAAUGGGCCACAAGUCCUUUAACUAUUAUCACUUCACUUAAAGUUUGCAAAAAUGCCACGUGCAGCGCAGGAGCUACACCCAGUAUGGGCAAAUUAAAUGCCUCCGUGAUAUUUGGAUUCCUUAACCUCAUCCUGUGGGGAGGAAACUGUUGGUUUAUAUACAAAGAAACCCCUUUCCACAAGACAAACCGUCCUGCCAACGUUGAAGCUGGAGCUACGCCAUCGUAACUACACGGCUUCCUCAUUUCAGAAGAGUCUAACAUGUACAACUCACUGCACUUUUUGCAGGACUGAUUCUAAUUUUAUGUUUAUUUCCAUCAAAAAUGCAUUUUGUCAAAUUCAUUUCAAAAGGUACUAAAAUAUAUUGUUUUGCCAAAAAUUAAUAGACUGGCUCACUUAAUACUAACGGAAGCUAACUUUGUUUUAUUGAGUUUAUAGAUGGCAAAGCCCCUUCAGAGGGGUCCUGAAGGUACAAAUGUAGAACAAAACCUGCUUUAACACCUGCAUACCCAAGCAUGGAUAACGAAGUGACCCUUUUUCAGAAGGUAUUACAGAUAAACAAUAUCUUUGUACAAUAAAUCAUUUCUGUGAUUAAUAAUAAAAAACCUCAGGGCUGCUAUGUGUAUAAAUCAUAGUUCCAGUUUCAUUUAAAAUACUUGAAUGCGCUGAGGAAAAAUUAAACCCAGGUCUAAAAUAUAUAGGGUUUAACUGCCAAUGUGAGAUUGUUUGAAAGUCAAACAUUUGCCUUUUUUUUCUUUUGUGUGGUUUUAUUGAUUGCUGUUAGUUUAAACUAGAAAUAUUACUAUAACAUCUGAAUAUUAUGCUGAAUGCAGUGUUUCUGUUCUACCCGUUAUGACCAUGUUCCCCAUUUUACAUGUAAAACUGUUACAGUUCCCAACUAAAAUUUGUUUCUCAAUACAGAAGAUAUCUUUUGUCCUUCUUUUUGAGAAAAAUGCCCUUGCAAAGGCAUUUUCAGUGUUUCUGUUUGGUUGCACUGUUGUGUAAUUCAAUCAGUUGUUUUAACAUUUGAGUUGUGUUCAAGUUAUUCCUAAUUCUCUGCAUACCUGUUCUCUUAUAUAAGAAGGGAAUGAUUUUACAAAAACAAAUGUAACUUGUUUUGGUCUAAGCAAUAUCUGCUUUUUAUCUCUGUAUCUGCCAUAAUUAUUUUCCUUAUCAUUUAGUUAAUAGUGCACCUCUGGAACAUUGUGUUUGUAUUUUAAAUCCUCACAAAUGGGGCUUAACUGCUGUUACAGUCUGGAAGGAUGAGUCGUCGUCCAAUCCUGUGCAUUAAAAAAUAAUUAAGUCAAUGCUGCUUACGUUUGGACAAUCAACAGUAUAAUAAGGGAAGCAGAGGUGGUGUAUUAAUCAGUGGGCAUACAGAAAGUUUUAUAAAGUAAAUUGUAAUUAGCCAUGUUAUGUAUUUAAUUGCCAAAAAUAUUAAUAUACAGACUAACUUCCUGGCUUUGAUUAGCAGAUUCAAAUAUUAGUUUAAACUGUAACAGCUAUAUAAACAUUUUUCCAGACCUAACAGGCCAGUUCACAAACUGUGCAGUCAUUGUUAUCCAUGUGGCAGGUUACACUUUUAAAAGCGGUUUUGUUUUGAUUCAUCUACUUUAAACAUUUAAUGUGACUGAUUAGGAACUAAGUGUCCCAAAUUAGUUUUAGGCUUGUUGAAUAAAGUCAAACAAUACCAUACAGCCUUAUUUUCUUCUCUCAAAAACAAAUCAAGACAAACGUGUUUAUGAGGCACUUUUUCCUUAAUUUGAAGUGGGGAAAACGAGUACUGAACAUGUCAAUGUUUUUCUGAUGAGCCUAUUGACGUUAGAUUCAGUUCUUUCCAUAAACAUUCAGUUGGCUUCGAGUUUAGUGAUUGACUGGGCCAUUCUUGCAGGUUAAGUUUCUUUCUCUGAAGUCAAUUUAUAAUUUUCAUGUGUUUAGGGUGAUUGUUCUGCUAAAAUAAAUCCAUGAUUUUUCAUCCCUA